AAAGAGGCUGUGCCUGGAGUGAAGGGAGGGGCAGAGGUUCUAUUUAAAGGACACCCAUCCAUGCAUAGCAGACUCAACCCUGACAGCUGCCUGAGAACACACGGCACAAACCGCUUGACAUUGGAUAUGACACAAGAUAAAGUCCUAGACAUGAAGGACGUGGAACUGAAUGAGAUUGACCCAGAGAAGCAACCUAUGGCCACAGGGGCUGAAGACCCUCCAGUUGGUGGAGGCGGUGAAAAAAAUGGUGUUGUUAAAGUUAAACUGGAGGAUGAGGAUGACGACGACAGCAACCGGGCCCAGAAGUUUACUGGCCUGUCCAAGGAAGAGCUUCUGAAAGUUGCUGGCACCCCAGGGUGGGUGAAAGUCCGGUGGGCUCUCCUGAUCCUUUUCUGGCUAGGCUGGUUAGGAAUGCUGGCCGGGGCCGUGGUUAUCAUCGUCCAAGCUCCUCGCUGUCGUCCUCUACCUGUGAUGGAGUGGUGGAACAAGGGACCUCUUUAUCAGCUAGGAGACCCUGACACCUUCCAAGAUUCAAAUGCCGAUGGAGUUGGUGAUAUUGCUGGUAUACAAGAUCGCCUGGAUUCUCUCAGCACCCUCAAGGUGAAAGGCCUGGUGAUUGGACCCCUGCAUGCUACUGCAGCCCUUUCAGAUGCUAAAUUUACAGAAAUUGACACCAAAUAUGGCACAGUGGACGACUUGAAAAAGUUGUUAGAGGCAGCACGUAAGAAGAGUAUUCAGAUCAUUUUGGAUCUCACUCCAAACGACGGUGGCAGCAGUUCUUGGUCAAAUGGGACAGCACCAGAACUGCUAAACAACAUUAAAGAAGCCAUGAACUUUUGGCUUGAUUUUGGUGUUGGAGGAAUUUAUUUUAACGGGAUUGAGAGCAUAGAUAAUCCAGGUGAGGUUCUUGAAGAACUGAGGAACAUUACUGCCAACCACAGCUCAGAUGGGAAAGCAAGGGUGCUGCUUACCUCAGCUAUUGACCCUCUGAGUGACAACAUUCUAACAAUGCUUAAUGACACUGCCGGUGGCUUGUUAACUGCACGCUACCUGAUAAACAAUGACAACUCCAGUGAAGGGUCCCUAGGAAAUCGCAUCAAGCAGUACCAACAGGUUGCCAGUGAACAGGACUGGAUCCUUUGGGCGGUCAGACCACGGUUGGGACACAUGGCCUCUGCGGUGCACGAGAAGCUCUUGCGUGUUUACCAGCUGCUGCUUUUCACUCUUCAGGGCACACCUCUUACUUUGUAUGGGGAUGAAAUUGGACUCAAAGAUUUGCCUGGACAACCUGCAGCCAGUUCUCCUUACAUGCAGUGGGAUGAUAGCAAAAACCAUGGAUUUUCUCAAGGAGAACGAGAAAUAAAACCUAAUGUCAAUGAGAACAUCACAUUUAAGGGACAAGAAGACAACAAGGAUUCAAUCCUCAGUGUAUACAAACGUUUGAGUGAGCUGCGUGGAAAAGAGCGAUCGCUUCUGCAUGGAGAUUUCACACUACUUCAUCAAAGUGACACAUCACUAGCAUAUGAGCGCAGUUGGGACCAAAAUGAAAGAUUUGUGUCUGUAGUAAACUUUGACCCAGACAUGGAGAUAAGCGUGACAAUAACGCACGCAAACCUGCCAGAGCAAUGUACGGUGGUGCUGAGCUCAAAUUCAGAGAGGAAGGAGGGUAGCAGUAUCUCUCUAAAGGAUCUGAAGCUAGUGCCAGGAGAGGCUCUACUGCUCAAACACCCCUACAGCGGGUAGAUAAUCCUCCUGUAAAAAGGGGAAUUUUCACAUUCCAUAUUCUGACCCUAUUAUUCCACAUUAAGAGGCUCACUAUGUAAGAAAAUGGCUACACAUGGGAUUUUAUAUUGCACUUCUGUGUGAAAAAAAAAAAAAGCCCACGUUUGAU